UGAGCGGUGGACAUUAAGCCUUUAUUUGCAGUUGGACUCUGAGUUAGUUACUCCGCCCUUAAGAAGUUUAUUCGCCUGAACAUGAAUUUGCUUUACAGCCACAAGAGGACAGAGGGAUGAAGAACAAUGCAAAGUGGGCGGUUUACUUUCAGAAGUGUUUGGUUUGGAAGAGAAAGAGUGAAAGAAAGAGAAAGAGACAGAUAAAGCUGAGGGGAGGAAGGAAGUCUUGAGAUCAGCUCACCAAACACAUCUUAAGAGCGCUGUCCAGGACGUCUCAAGAACACUGUGAAGGAUAUAUCGCAUCUGUGGACACUUCCCUUUCAAUGACAAGAAUGAAAUCCGCAAUAAAGAACACUUUUUCAAACUUGUUCUUUGAAUAUGAGACUCCUCGGCAGGUUCUGGUCAAGAACAGAAGGGUUGCAAUAGUGUGCCGAAUCAUCCAGCUGGGAGUUUUAGCGUACAUCAUUGGGUGGGUGUUCAUGUAUGAGAAAGGCUACCAGACGGUGGACAAUGCCAUCGGCUCAGUCUUUACCAAGAUGAAGGGAGUGUCCUUCACUAAUAUCAGUGGACAGGAGCGGAUAUGGGAUGUAGCCGAUUAUGUGUUUCCUGAACAGGGAGACUCGUCUUUUGUUGUGAUGACCAACUUCAUUCCCACAGUAGGACAGGUACAAGGCAAAUGUCCUGAGCUGCCGGAUGGGAAGAACAAGUGCACCAAUGACUCAGACUGUGAUGACAGCAAAUACAAACGUACGGGCAAUGGGCACAUGACGGGCAGGUGUAUGAACCAAACCCAGACUUGUGAGAUCUACUCGUGGUGUCCUGUUGAAGACGACCGUAAAAUACCAGACCCUCCAAUCUUGCUGACAGCAGAAAACUACACACUAUUCAUCAAAAACUCCAUUACCUUUCCCCAGUUUGAUGUAGUCAGGAGUAACUUGGUGGAGGGUAUUGAUCAGAAUUACAUUAAUAAAUGUGUAUAUCACCCCAAAACUGCUCCGCUGUGUCCUAUCUUCAGACUGGGAGACAUUGUUGAGCGAUCCGGGUUCAGUUUCUCAGAAAUAGCUCGUGUGGGAGGUGCUAUAGGACUACUCAUUGACUGGGACUGCAAUCUGGACCUGAGUAUCAGAUUCUGCAAACCAAAAUAUGAGUUCUAUGGUCUUUAUGGAACUGGGAAAAAUGACCAAGUAGACAAAGCAUCACUGGGAUACAAUUUUAGAUUUGCUAAAUAUUAUGUGGAGAAUAGCGUGCAGAAGAGAACACUGAUGAAGGUGUUUGGUGUGCGGAUAGACAUUAUUGUUCAUGGGCUGGCAGGAAAAUUUGAUAUAAUACCAACGCUGACAGCGAUAGGUUCAGGAGUAGGAAUAUUUGGAGUGGCCACUGUUGUGUGUGAUUUGCUGCUCCUAUAUAUACUUCCAAAGAAGGAUUUCUACAAAACCAUGAAAUUUAAAGAUGCAGAAAUCUGGGAAGAGACCCCAGCCUUGCCCCAGACACAAAAUGACAGCGAUUCACAGAAGGAGUGAAGUCAGGAUGGCUGCCAUGACGACUGACUACUGCACUGAAGAGGGAAAAAAUCUAGUAAAUACAUCAAAAAAUAAACUGACUGGAGCAUAAGGAAAGAUGACUGGAGUUAUGGCACACAUCAUUUUCCUUUCUAGAUGACAUUUCCUUCUCCAUCCAUGGAGAAAACCAACAUGUUAAAUCACUGUUAUGAUAUGAGAUGAAGCUAAUAUUCACUGGGUGUGUUAAUAGUGAAAGCCUCAGGACUGUAUAGAAACAAUUUUGUAAGGUUUUUACCAGGUUUACAGAGUUUUCGUCAACACGUGUUUUACGAACAGGGUAAUGUACAGUAUAGGCAUGCCACCCAUUUACAACUGUAGAUAUUUUAUUGCUUUAUUUACUGACAUAUAUUUUUGUAUUUUUAUCUUGUGUUGUUGUGAUUCUAACUGUGACUUUUGGAUUUUUGUGUGAAUUUAGUCGCAAAUGGUCAUUGAGCCAUGCUAGAACUAUCAUAUUUUGCUUUCGCUCAUUCACAAAAUGCUGAGCCAAGAAACAGAAGUCUGUUAUUUUAUGACUAUAAAACUUUGUGAAUUUCCAUGGGUCAGUAGUAGUGUUUGGUGGUUCAAUAUUUCUGCAUGGCACAACAGCCUUGUUCCAAAACUCAAAAUUCAUUUUCGUCCAUAUAGAGCAAUUGAUUAUUUACAAUAACUGAAAAACAUUUAAAGACAGACCGGUUGUACGCCCACCUGUUUACAUUACUUCAGCUUAUUGUUAAAAAUAAGCAUGUUAAUAGUAGGUUUUUUGUAAUAAAACUACAUUUCCCAUGAUGCUUUCCCCAAUUUUGCAGAGAAUGAGAUCUUUAGUUCCACCCAUUCCCAUGAAGCACUGCAACUUAUGUAAUCAAGUCAGUCUCCAUCUGUCCUCAAAAGCCAUAUCAGCCAUUUCACCCUGCAUCCCAAGACCGAUUACUCACUGAAGCUAAGCCAUACCUGUCAACAUUGGGAUGUGAAAAUAAGGGAUAUGCCCACCCUUACACCUAACCAGCUUUUCUUCACUGUAUAAGUAAACAUUCUGAUUAAAGAGCAGCGAAUGAGUCUCUCAUUUAGAUUUUUCAUUUGAUUGAAUAACAGGAGUGUCGCUUUAAAAAUGCACACAUCCAUAAUGAAAGCAUUCCAUUGCGAGACCCCCUUCAUGAUUUUGAAGCGCUUUUAGUGUAUUGCCAUACACGAUAAAUGUGCUAUAAUACACAUUACAUUACAUAAAUAUAGGAUUUAUAUAUACAGUAGUCAACAUUCGAAGUGUAUCAAAAAGUUAUUCAAAAUUGUUCAAAAACAAGAGUAGGUGUUGUUUAAUAGUUUUAGAAUGACAUUAGAAUGACUAAUGAAAAGUGAUGUAUAUAUAUAUUUAUAUAUGUAUGUGUCAUUUGCAAUGGUUCAUGGGAUUGUAGUUCUAGGGGCGUAUCACAGAAAGAUCCUAAUUUUAAAAUAGUCCCCAUACUGCUUGGUAACAUAUUGAGUCUGAAAUGUGGCAAUUUUUAAAGGGAGGUGUGCCCCUUAACCCCACCCCAGGCCCUGCCUCUCAUUGGGGAUAAGCAAAUCAUAAUGUACAUAAUGUCAUGAGCAAAAUGUACAAUUUCAUACAAAUUAGAUAUUAAAUCAAAAAGUUGCAAAUUGCAGUGAGAUUGUUGGUAAAUUCAGUAAGCAGAACAUUUAGAACAAAAUAUAUACAGAACAGCAUUUCCUAAGUGUGUUGUCUUACUGUAUCUCAACUACAGAUAGGAAGGUGGUAUUACAGAAACAUCAAAACACAACUCAAAAAAAUCCUAAAAACUGACAACCUAACAGCUGUCCUAACUACAACAUUAUACUUUUGCUUAUAACUUCACUGUCCGACAAUUAUUUUUUAAUGAUUGAAAAUGAAGAACAAAGGUGCU